AUGGACUACCAAAUCGUUGCCCUGGUGAUGUUGUUCCUGGCCUGUGUGGAGCAGAGCCUGGCCUCAUGCGUUGUGGACAGCUUCACAGUAAAACAAGACUUUGACCCCAAAAAAUAUGCAGGAAAGUGGUACGCUCUGCAGAAGAAGGAUCCCGAGGGUUUGUUCCUGCAGGACAACAUCUCUGCUGAAUACACCGUUGAAGACGAUGGUUCCAUGGUUGCCUCUUCCAAGGGCAGAGUCACUCUCUUUGGGUUCUGGGUUGUGUGCGCCGACAUGGCUGCUCAGUACUCUGUGCCCGACCCCGGCACCCCCGGCAAGAUGUUCAUGAACUACCAGGGACUGGCCAGCUACCUGUCCAGCGGCGGUGACAACUACUGGGUCAUUGACACAGACUAUGACAACUACGCCAUCACCUAUGCCUGCCGCACCCUGAAAGAGGAUGGAAGCUGCGAUGAUGGAUACUCCCUGGUCUUCGCCCGCAACCCCCGCGGCCUCCCCCCUGCCAUCCAGAGAGUCGUCCGCCAGAAACAGGAGGAAGUCUGCAUGGCCGGAGAGUUCCAGCCAGUGCUGCAGUCUGGAGCCUGCUAA